AUUUAUUUCCAUCAUGGCCAACUUUCAACGACUGCCGAUAGAUAUACUGCAUCUCAUAUUGGAUUAUUUGAAAGAAAAUAAGGAUAUAAAGAACUGUAGACUUGUUUGUUUACAAUGGUGCAUGGCAUUGACAUAUCGAUUGUUUCAAGACAUAUCUAUUAAAGACGAAUAUCAUCUCAAGGCACUAUUGGACUUAACCACUAGCUCAAAAUCGAAUAGAUUGAUUCAACUUGGUCAAUACGUUAAAACGCUGACUAUCUACAAUAGUCGUGACUAUAAGCAAAUGCCUGUUAUCACACGCCAUGACUUUGAACAACUAGUCAAAUCUUGUCCACAUGUUCAUAAGCUUUUAUUGGACGCCUUUACUUUUGGAAAGUACAUAUCAGCUUACUUACUUGAUAUCAGUGACGAUACCAAAUGGAAAGUUCAGUCAUUUGGAUUGAAGCAUAUCACUAUGGACAUUUAUUACAAAUACAAAGACUCCAUCACGGAAUUCUAUGCUCCUUACAGGAUGAAGAGUAUACGUGAUUUGGCAUAUUUCCCGUUACUCCAACAAGUUCACUUGCAUGCAUUUUCUAUUACGACUAUGGAAGACUUUAUGUUUAUUUUUGAUACUUGUAGAAACAUACGUGAUAUAAGCACGACAGUUGACAUAGACACACCCUCACAUAUUGCUUGUCCUCAAGAUCUUUACCCCUCUUUGACUCGAGCAGAGUUUGUUUGUCGCGGCCGACAGAUACCAAAGGGCCUUAUCGAUUGUAUCAUACGUCGAUUCACUCAGAUAUCCAACAUUUCAUUUUAUCUGGACAAUGAAUCUUCAAAGCCUAUUGAUGGAUCAGAUUAUGAUAGGCUGGUGAAGCAUGUUGUCAAGCAUCUCAAGCAAGAAUCAAGGUUGAGUUUGUAUAAACCUAUCUUUAAUGCAGAACAUCUCGAUCAAGCGGCUAUUACGAUAAACAACUGCCUAAAGAGUCUCAGUAAACAAUCAUUCAUCACGUCAAGCGUACAUUUUACGAUUAUCCAGAGUAUGUCAUGGGAUAAUGAAACCGUCAAGCUGUUGGAUGCAUUUAAACGACACGACGAUGACAUGGUUCACCGUUAUCUCGAGCUUCACUGUCCGGGUAGAUAUCCUUUACAAGAAUUAAUCUAUUAUCUCAGAAAUGUCAAACCAUACAUUCAAGAAUUAACCAUGAUGAAUGACGACUCGUCUUCUGUUACCUCAGCAGACCACAUAGACGCCACCUUAUAUCAAUGUCACCAGCUUCAAAAGUUAACCUUUUUUCGUUAUGGGUUGCCAUCACUUCAGGGUUGUGUCAACAGAGCGGUACAGUCUAUAUGUAUUGCUUCAUGUAAUAUUCAUACUGGGUUCUUUGGUGACCUUUCCACAGCCUUUCCUCGCUUAAAAAAUAUCGAUCUGCGUUGUAAUACGAUUGUUUGCGAUUCUGACGGAACUGGAUCGAAUAUAAUAGACCUAGGAAGCUUAAUAUUGGACAGGCUAACACUUGUAUUAAGCAUCCAAAAUGACAUGCCCACAUCCGAUACCCAGGAAUAUCUUGUAUCUCUCAAGACACAUAGAAAAACCUCCUAUUUUGUCAUAGACAACCAGAGAAACCCUAGAAAGCUUAGUACUGAUGAAGCAACAGAAAAGGAUAAAAGUAUAGAUUAUCUAAUCAAUUGUCAUGAUGUUCAGCAGUUUGCUCUAGACAUAACCAUUUCUUCUUAAUGCCUCCAUAG